AAAGAUUAUCACAACGAUAUAGGCAAGCCUGCUGUGGAACAUCUUAGGUUUAUGUUCCUAGGAUUUCUCGAUUUUGUGUUGAUUAAUGACUCCUACGAAAGAAAACUGGCAGAGGUUCUGACAGCUAAGGGGGUGCUAAUGAGGGACGAUGAGAAUGAAAAAAAGUUUAAAAUGUCCUCUGCUUUUGUUGAUGAGCUGAUUCAGCGACAAGUUAUUCCAGAAAUAUAUCAGUCCGUCACGCAUAUUGCAGUCACACAAAAAUCCAAUGGUGCUCUGGAAACUUUAGACACCUUGAUGGAAGCUGUUCGUUACUUCAUUUCUGGGGCGUUCCGUCGGUCAUUCAAAAUGCACUUCAAUAUAGUUAUCACAUCCGCAUAUCAAACGAUUAUUCUCGAGCUUUUUGCCACAGUCACACGGAAAGAACUCGAUAAACUCUUUGUAAGGGCACUUGAUUACGCCAAGUUAUUAAACUCAUAUGAGACUUGGAUCGUUCAUUUCACACGUGAAGAUAACGUUACUCGAGACCCUUACUGA